UUUGAACUGCUGGAUCAGUGCCCUAUGUAAUUAGAGUAUUGUUUAAUCCUAUUACUCCUUACUCCUGAAGCUGCUGAAAAAGUUUCGUCUGUCUCUCUGUUAGUGUAACUUAUAUGCGAUUUUGCACAGAAAAGUAUAACAACUUCAACAUGCUUGAUAUUUUGGAGUAAUUUUUCACGGAAAGGUUGAAAGACGACGAGGGACUGGGCCCGACUGGGUGUAAAUAGUUACGUCACUUUUUUAUACCCUUAAUUUUCCCUUUUAAGAGGAGAAAAAGAGAAGCAGCAGGAGACGGGCACAAACCGAACAAGAGAAAUGAUAGGUGGAGUUGGAUGGAAGAGCGUUAACCAAGAGAUGUCAGAGACGGACUUGGAGGGCACAGGUCUGAAUCUUGCUGUGAAUCGCCAUGGAAACUUAACUAGCGCUUCAAACGAUCAAGACCUUACUAACAUUCUUCACCAAAUCAAGUCGUCUAAAUCCCCUGCUGUUAUAAAUUAUGGGUCAACUUGGUGUCGGGUGUGUAACCAGAUCCUCCCUGCAUUCUGCCAGCUGAGCAACAAUUUUCCAAAGCUUUCUUUCAUAUAUGCGGACAUUGAUGAAUGCCCAGAAACAACCCAACACAUUCGCUACACACCCACAUUUCAUUUCUACCGCGAUGGUGAGAGGGUAGAUGAGAUGCUUGGCGCUGGGGAAGAGCGGCUUCAUGAUCGCCUGUGGUUGCACUCCUGAAGACCUUCAUCCUUUCCUCAAUUUGCCUUCUGUAAGGACUAUGCUUUGCAUGUAUACCUGGCUCAUAUUGCUGAUUAAAUAUUCUGCGUGUUAAACUUGCUUUUCUUCUGACC